AUGAAGGUACAUUUCAAUCUGAAGAAGCAGAUGAAGCCAAUACUAACUGCGGGGAUGCCAAAAAAACAAGGAGAUAUGAUGUAUACCCAAUAUAACGACCUUAUAAUAGAAACCGACAUCAAGACGUCCCGAAUUCUUAGAGAAAUACCGUUUGAGUCUCUUCAAUGCUUUGACAUUAGAGACGAUUACAUGGUUGUGUGUUCCAAAGGGAUAGUUGUGUAUAAUGUUGUACUUGAAAUGCAGGAAGACUUUAUUCCACUUUCAAAGUCAGAAGCAUGUGCUAUGUUUAUUGAUGAGCUGGAACUUUCUGAUUCAAAGCCAAAGAUCUUUUCUGUUAUAGUUGGAAGAGUUGAUGGGUCUGUUUCCAAGAUAGACUUGAUUAGUAAGGCGCUUGUAUGGUCAUACAGGAUGGACAAUAUGAUAACAAAGAUGGUAAGAUUUGAAAAUAUGGUGUGCUCAACUGACUCCAAUGAAUUGUGGAUUUAUAGGGGAGGAGAGGAUCUUUUGAAGUAUCAGGAACCAGAUGUUGUAGGAAUAGCAUACAACGGGGAUCAUGUUUAUACUAUCUCAAGAGAAGGGAUUUUGGCCAUCCCGGAAAAGUCUAAGAGGAUAUCAUUAGGGAUGAGAUGUGACUUCAUGGUUGGAGACAGCAAGUUUUUGUAUGUAUGUAAGGGCCGAACGGUUUAUACAUAUAGCUAUGACGGAAGAUUCCAACGGAAAAGAGAUAUUCUGGGAUCGGAAAGUGAAAUGGUACAGAGCAUGGUGAAGAUAGGGAAAGAGGAUGUUAGCUUUGAAGAUGAAAGUGAAGAAAAUGGAUCUCCAAAUGGGAAGGAACUAUACGAAAGCUGCGGAGAAAACAGUGAUGAUUGCUAUGAAGAUGAAAGUGGAUCGGACGAUGGUUUUAAGAAAAGGAAGUAUAGUACUGAUAUGAGGAAUGAUGCAUUGGAAGGAGAUGUUGAGGAAGACGAUGAAAUGGCCAUUGAAGGAAUAUCAAAAGAUAUGAUAUUGACUAAUGAGCAAGAGAUACUUUUUGUUGAUGAAAACUUGAGGGUUACUUCGAUUAUUGUUGGAAACAACGACGAGGUGACGGAUAUGAAACAAUGGAACGAUGUGUUGUUUGUUGCUACUAACAGUGGAAGGCUAAGGUACACAUUUAUUGACGACUGCUCAGGAGACUAUGCGUUUACUGGACACAUCAUCCCGGCACAUGGAGAAGCCAUUAUGUCUUUGUCUAUCCAUGAAGACUUCCUGAUGACAGUCUCAAGAGACAAAAAGGCCAUUCUUUGGAAAAUUGGAUCGGAAGACGUGUCCAGCCAGAAGAGAAGAUUGUCUUUGUCAAGGAUUAGAACAUUGGAAAACAGCCUUGGAGGGCUCAAUGGAUGUGCUCUCGGGGUUUCGAUUUUUGUGCUUGCUGGAAGUGACCAGAUUCUUCAGAUAUGGGAUUAUAAGGACAACGUGUUUAUGGAGAGAGUCCACGAUAAAGAAAUUAAUGGGGUGGAAAUAAACGAGGAGAGAGGGCUCAUUGCAACAUGUUCCCAGGAUAAGAAAGCGAAGGUUUUGAACUUCGAGGGGAGAAUUCUUCAUGUGCUUUCCGGCCACACAAAAGGAGUAUGGAGCGUAGGAUUUGGUAAAAACCUGAUGGCAACAUGCUCGGCAGAUACUACUGUAAAGGUUUGGAAGAUAGAGACCUUUGAGUGUAUCGGGACCCUUACUGGGCACAGAAGUGGUGUGCUGAAGGGAGGAUUCUAUAAGAACGAUGAGAAGUUUAUUUCAGGAUGUGCAACCGGGGAAAUGAAGGUUUGGGAUGUUAAAAAGAAAAUAUGUGAAAUGAACAUUGGAGUUCACAAGGGAAUGGCAUGGUCUUUUAUCAGUGCACCGACCCUUAUAACUUCCGGGGGUGGAUCGAUUGCUUUUUUUGAAGAUGAUUCUCUAGAUGUGGAGGCCAAAAGGAUCGAAAAGAAAAACAAGAAGGAAAUGCAGGCGAUUGAGCUGGAUAAAUGCCUGAGGAACAACCUAAAUGUUAAAGCUGUUGAGAUACUUUCCAAGACUGAGGACUACAAGCUACUAUUUAAGACAUUGGUGAAGUGUUACAGAGAAAGAUCUGAGGAAGUCUUUGACAUUUUUGAAGACAAGCAGAAGGUGCUGUUUGAUGUUGUUCUGAAGCAAGGAACAUUUAAGAACUGUGUUGUUAUACAAUGGAUUAUAGAGGAAGGCUUCAAAAGAAAGUGGAAGAUGAGCAACGAAGUCGUAGAUAAGAUUCAUAAGAUUACGGAGAAACAUUCUUGCUCCAUAGACUCCAUCUAUUCUACUUUACUUGGAUUCACAAUUUUUGAAAGAUGA